AUGUGUUUUGGAAGGUAUACUAGAUGUGUUGGGUACAAGUUGCUCAUCCUUGCCUUGCUCAGCAUCGUGGCCAAUGUUUUGCUUUAUUUUCCCAAUGGUGAAACAAGAUUUGCUUCAGAGCAUCGUCUUGGCAGAUACGUGGAGUGUCUUCAUGGCAUUCUAGGUGGAGGCUUCCUGGUGCUCAUCCCAGCUGUGGUGUUCAUUGCACUCCACAAGGACGGCUGCUUUGGCUAUGACGACUGUGGGAAGAGCUGUGUGGUGCUGUCCUCAGUUCUGGCAGCCCUAAUUGGACUCAUUGGUUCUGGCUACUGUAUCAUCAUUUCAGCACUUGGCUUGUCUCAUGGACCAUAUUGUUAUACCCACCCAGGAAGAAACUGGAUCUAUCCUUUCACUGAAUCCUCUGGAGGGUACCUCUUUGAGUACAACAGGUGGUCUGUAUGUCAAGAGCCUCAAAACAUCGUGCAGUGGAACAUCACCCUCUUUUCCAUCCUCCUUGUCUUGGGAGCAAUAGAGUUCAUUCUGUGCUUCAUUCAGAUCAUCAAUGGCAUUGUUGGAGGACUGCAAGGCGCAUGCUGCAGUCAUGAGGAGACAUAUGGUUGCUAGAAACCUGGCAGUGCAUUGACCUCGGGGUGUGUGUGUGUGGGGAGUAUUUGAAUAUUCUGUGGUUUGCUUUAUUUUUGAUAUUCCAUGCACACCAGAAUGCACAAUGUUUGAUGUCAAAUUGUGCUCUUGCCAUCAACUUAACUGGCUUGGGGCCAGCCCUUGUUGCUGGAGUCAUAUAGAGAUUUUCCACCAACCUGCCUGUGUCUAAGGGCAAAAGGUAUCCUGAAUUCCCUUGGUUCAUUUCAUCUUAGUACAGGCAACUACCCAAACACAUGUGACUCAAGAUGUUGUUGGUUUGUUGUUUUCUUUCUACUGACACAACAGCUUGGUAAUUUAUGCAGUCCUCCCAAUAAAGUUGCACUCCCAUUCUAAUAUUGGAACAAACACAAACCCAAUCUGGUCUGGCCUGGAUAUAAAUAAGUGCUCAGCUGCAGCAAAAAAAGAAAGCAGCAGUAAAAUAUGGAUGAUUGAGGACAGGCUUCAUCUUUUCAGACUUCACAAAUAAAGAUUUGUAUUACAAAUA